AUGAAUGUGCCCAGCUGCGGGCAAGAUUCAAUGGUAGCCAGGUGGGUGUCAUUGCUGCUGCUCCUUCUGCUGCUGCAGUUGCCUCAGAUUGUCAGCAAGAAUGCCGACAAUGGAUUGGGUCAGCAGACAAAGGUUCGUGAUGACUAUGGCAUUCCAGAGAACAUUUUCAUCGGUGAAUUUGUCUCUUUCUUUAUUCACGAGUUUAAUGAGAUCACAUAUGAGACAACUCCAGAUCCAGAUAUGAGAGCCUAUUGCCAUCCCGGACACAAAAGGAUCGUGAAACAGGGGAAACAGAUUUGUUGCUAUGAUUGUCCCCAGUGCUCUGAGGGAAUGAUUUCAAACCUGACAGAUGCAGAUCAUUGUGAAAAGUGCUCUGAUGAUCAGCAUCCUAACAAGAACCAGGAUCAGUGCGUGCCUAAACAUAUAAUCUACCUAUCAUACGGAGAACCCAUGGGAAUAAUUCUAGCUUCAUCAGCUCUUUCCCUUUCCCUGAUGACCGUUGUGAUAAUGUGGAUCUUCAUUCAACACCAGGAGACUCCCAUCGUCAAGGCCAACAACUGGAACAUCACCUGCACCCUCCUCACUUCCCUAUUGCUUUGCUUUCUGUGCUCCUUCCUAUUCAUUGGAAAGCCUGGGAAGGUGGCCUGCCUUCUGCGUCAAACAGUGUUUGGGAUUGUCUUCUCCCUGGCUGUUUCUUGCGUGUUGGCAAAAACCAUCACUGUGGUUCUGGCCUUCAUGGCCACCAAGCCAGGAAACAGGAUAACGAAAUGGGUGGGGAAGAGGCUGGCAGGGUCAGUCAUCUUCCUUUGCACUCUUAUUCAAACUGGCAUCUGUGCACUGUGGUUGGCAACCUCUCCUCCCUUCCCAGAGUUUGACAUGCAUUCACAGACUACCCAAAUCAUUGUGCAGUGCAAUGAAGGAUCAGCCCCCAUGUUUUAUACUGUCCUGGGCUACAUGGGGCUUCUGGCCAUCAUCAGCUUCACUGUGGCUUUCUUUGCCCGGAAACUGCCUGAUACUUUCAAUGAAGCCAAGCUCAUCACCUUCAGCAUGUUAGUGUUCUGCAGUGUUUGGGUGUCCUUUGUCCCCACCUACUUGAGCACCAAAGGAAAAUACAUGGUGGCUGUGGAGAUCUUCUCCAUCUUAGCUUCUAGUGUGGGAUUGCUGGGUUGCAUCUUCCUCCCGAAGCUUUAUAUUAUUGUGCUGAGACCAGAGCUGAACACCAGGGAUCAGCUUGUAAGAAAGAAGAAUUGUGGUAUCUGA